AGAAGAAAUCCCGCAAGUUUCCCUUAAAAUGAACGCAGUCGAAUGGAUCGAAUCUUUCAUCCGAGCCUUCAUGUGCCUCCUGGGAAUUCUGGGGAACAACUGGCUGGCCAUCCGUUCCUUACCUAGCAGGAUGUCCCAAAUCCGGACCAACGACGCCCUCUUCAUCAACCUGGCCACCUCCAACCUCAUCACAAACUACUUCGUGGACCUGCCCGACACCAUGGCGGACUUCGCCGACAAUUGGUUCAUGGGGAGGACCUACUGCGGCGUGUUCCUGUUCUGCGCGGGCCUGUCUGAGACCAGCAGCAUCAUCUCCACGCUGCUGAUCAGCAUGUAUUGGCACCAGAAGCUGGUGGGGUCCCUCCGGCGCGGGACGGCACCCGUUCGGCUGGACAGCCUGCGCCUGGUGGCCUCCCUGCUGGCCGGAGGCUGGGGCGUGGCCCUGGUCUUCAGCAUCCCCCACUUCUUCUUCGUCGCCGCGGAAACGGGGAACGAGAGCCUGGCGGACUGCGCGGAGAGCUUCCCGUCCCCCGUGGCGCGGCAGACGUACGAGGUGAUGUACCUGACCCUGGCCAACGCCGUGCCCAUCGCCGGCAUGGUCUUCUUCUCCAUCCAGAUCGUCAUCACGCUCCUGCGCCACCAGGCGCGCAUCGUGGCCAUGAACUCCGAGAGCCACGGCAAGGAGGAGCAAGCGGAGUCCGGGUCGAGGCGCGGAACCGACGGCGCCGCCGCGCGAGGCAAAGGACCCGCGGGCGCCCCGGUAAGUUCGUUGACGACGGGUGACGACGGACCUCAAUCACCCGACGCUCAGCCCGCCACUCUCCCCAUUCCAGUGAAGGGUACGGUUCAGGGGGACGCCAAGGAGGCCCCGUCUUCCAAGCCCGCCAAGGCCGCCGGCAGCCACGGCAACCAGGUGAGAGCGGCGAAAAGCGUGGUGGCGGUGGCCACCGUGUUCCUGGUGUGCUGGGUGACUCACCUGCUGCUCCGCAUCACCAGCAACGUCAAGAGGUCCUCGCUCGUGGUGGAGGUGGCCAGCUACAUCGCGGCGUCCUACACCUGCAUCAUCCCCUACAUCUUCCUGUACGGCGUCAAGAAGCUGUCCUGCUCCUGCAGACGGUAAUGGAGAACCAGUCGCCCUCGCCUCGCCAAUACGUUUGGGCUAAUAUGAAAAUUCAUGUCAUUCGGAGGAUAAUUAUUUUUUUAAACCGUGUGUUACUGUAUUAGUACUGUUAGCCUGUGAAAAAUCAAAAGGUAAAUUUUUGGUGACAUUUUAUCUGGCA